AUGGGUGAUUGGAGUUUUUUAGGGAACAUCUUAGAAGAGGUGAAUGAACACUCCACUGUCAUUGGGAGAGUGUGGCUCACGGUACUCUUCAUUUUCCGAAUCCUGAUCUUAGGAACUGCAGCAGAAUUUGUAUGGGGUGAUGAACAGUCAGACUUUGUUUGCAACACUCAGCAACCAGGUUGUGAGAAUGUGUGUUACGAUGAGGCCUUCCCUAUCUCUCAUAUCCGUCUGUGGGUCCUCCAAAUCAUCUUCGUCUCCACUCCUUCGCUGGUAUAUUUGGGCCAUGCUGCCCACUAUGUAAAGGUGCAACAGAAAAGGAAAGAGAGGAAAGAAGCUGAAAGAGCUCAGCAAAGAAAAGCAGAGGAAGAAAACUCACCUCUUGACGAAGAUGAUGGCAACUCUGUUUCUAUGAAGGAUACAAGCCACAGAGGGAUCAAAAAGUUCCAUCUUGAAGGAGCUAUUCUGAGAACUUAUAUCUGUCACAUCUUUUUUAAGACCCUCUUUGAGGUUGGAUUUAUAGUGGGUCAAUAUUUUCUGUAUGGCUUCCGAAUCUAUCCCCUUUACCGCUGUGGCAGAUGGCCUUGCCCCAACAUUGUAGACUGUUUCACAUCCAGACCUACUGAAAAGACUGUUUUUAUCAUGUUCAUGUUGGCUGUGGCAUCAGUAUCCCUCUUCCUCAAUCUUGUAGAGAUCAGCCACCUGGGUCUUAAGAAAAUCUUGAAUGCUUUCAAAAAACCAGUGGAACAACAACCUAUGGAAACGCAAGAGACUCACCUUCAUUCUAUUGCUGUUUCAUCUAUCCAGAAAGCCAAAGGGUAUAAAUUGCUAGAGGAGGAAGGGAAGCAAGAAUUCCAUUAUUUUCCUUUGACGGAAGUAGGAGUAGAAAGUUCAUUGCAUGACAUGGAAGAGAAGAUUAGCAUGGAACACCUGAAAGACCUCUCCAGGACAUUUAAUGAGCAACUGCAUUCCUACACACACAUAGACCAACUAGACAAGGAGAAAGGAGAAGCAGGGGAGGAAUCAGAAGAGAAGGAAGCUGAGGAAGCUGAACCACAAAGAUCAGAACUGUUAACAGAGAAAACAGAAAAACAAGUAGAAGAAAAGUCCAUGGAGAAUGAGGUAGAACCACCACAGCAGAACUUGCCACUAUCAUCUGCUGAUGUGAUUACUGACACAAGACCCCUUAGCAGGUUAAGCAAAGGCAGCAGUCGGGCUCGGUCUGAUGAUCUGACUGUAUGAGUAGUAAGCCUAAGAGUCCAACCCCUACACUUACAUAUAUACACACCUCAGAUGUCUGAAACAAAAUGCUAAAGUGGUCAUUUUAAUAUUGUUUCUUAAUAUUUUAUCAAUGUUUUAGCUAGGAAAAAAGUACUAUUAAAGUUAACUGUUUUAUUAUUA